UACGAAGAGUAAUUUCGCCGGCAAUCAUCGGCAAAAUAUGUCCGAUAUGCAUGAGAACCAUCGACGUUCGUGGAGCGGCUGUUCUCACAGUUUGUUCCCACGCUUACUGCUUGGAUUGCAUUCGCAAGUGGAGCGAUUUGAAGAGAAGAUGACCUCUCUGUAAUUCCACCUUCAAUUCUUGGUUCUACAAAAUCGAUCUCUCCUCUCUAAGAUUCCUCAAACAGCAAUUACCCGCUCUCCCCGAGUGCAGAUUGGUUGCUCCUCGUCCUCGAUCCACCGCAACCGAUCGUCGACGGGUUAUUGAAAGAACAAGGAGAGAAAUUAACAGUGUUAACAGGAGAUCGAGGCCAUUGCCUUGGCGGCGAUCAUUUGGGCGAGCUGGGACUGUGUCACUUAAUGUUAUCGCUGAAAGGAAGCUUCAAUGGCGUGCCAGUAUGUAUAAUCGAAGAUUGCAAGCUGUGUCAAUGUCUCAUGGGAUUAGUUCUCAGCAGAAUUUACCCAGAAAUGCUUCUGAUAAAGAGAAAAUUAUGCAAAGAAUAGAACCAUGGAUUCGAAGGGAGCUUCAGGCUAUCCUUGGGGAUCCAGAUCCAUCAAUCAUUCUUCAUGUUGCGUCCUCACUUCUUUUUUCUGGACAUGAAGGAAAGUUUGCUGGUUCUUUCUCCUCUUCAAGACAGCUCGGUUUUGAUGAUAACUUUCUUGCUCCUUUGGAACCUUUCUUACACGACCGGACCAACAUGUUUUGGCAUGAAAUGAGAUGCUUCAUAGAGAGUUCUUUUACCAUGGAAACAUAUGAUGCAGUAGUCGAUUAUAGACAGUUGGAGUAAGGGCUUACAACAUUUUUUAACGGUGAUCUCUUCCCCCACCUUCCACAUGUGGCCCAAGAGAUUAGCUUGUUAUGGUCAAUCAUUGUCCUUUCCUUGGGGCACCGAUGACCUGGUAAAAUGGCACAACAUAGAGAUUGAAGAAUUAAUCAAAUUCCCAAAGCUAGGGUUGUACGAAGGAAAAUGCUGUGAAUUUCAGAGGAGAACCAACCAGGGGCUUCGACUGCCAUCAGAUCUUCGGAGCAGAUUAAGCAUGUUAGUCAAGAGUUGCAAGCAAGCCCGGAGGUGCCAUACAGAGA